AUGGAGAAUUGGACAGCAAAUGCGGCCGUUCAGGCUGCGACAGAAGCUCUCCUUGAGAGAAUCGCUGAGCAAGCUGGAUUUAAGCUCUCAACUGGCGGGAAUGCUAUCGACGUAGUUCAGUUCAUCGUUAAAUGCCUCGAGGAUCAUGAAGGCUUUAAUGCGGGCAAAGGAAGUGCUGUAAACGAGGUUGGAGGCCACGAACUGGAAGCUGCGAUCGUGGGGGGACACAAAGGUUCCUACGGAGCAGUAGCCUGUUCAAAGACGGUCAAGAACCCAAUCGAGGCUGCACGUCUUUUGCUUGACUCCGAUAAAUUAUGUAUUUUAGUUGGCGAAGCUGCCGAUACUUAUGCACAUCAAGCUGGCCUGGAUAUUGUGGAUAACACUCACUUUACAACCACUAAACGGAUGGAUCAUCUGGAAAACUGGAAAGCCGGCCACUCAGUCCAAGCUGAGAAUCUAGGGACUGUUGGAGCAAUCGCCCUUGACAUUCAUGGAAACCUAGCCGCAGCUGGAUCCACCGGUGGUAAAACGGGCAAACCCCUGGGAAGAAUUGGCGAUACUGCAAUCAUAGGUGCUGGCUUGAUAGUGAACAAGCACGUCGCAGUCGCAUGUAGCGGGCACGGAGAAGCCAUUCUGGAAUCAAACGUGGCAGCUACUGUUUCCAGUCUCGUUGCAUCAAAGGUACCCCUGGAAAGUGCCGUUGACACAGCUAUACAGCAAGUCUCACAGCAGUCGGAUGGUAUGCCUUGCGCUAUUCUUGCCAUGGAUCAUCGAGGCAAGCUCUACAGUAGCUCAACAGGUCGAAUAUUCAGCACAGCGAGUUCGACGUCUCUGACCCCAGCUCGAUCUUCCAUGGCAGAGACAACAGUGCCUAUCCUCGAGCAGCACGUUUUCUACGCAGAUGGCGUUUUGCGUGCCGGUCUCACAAGAUACCCUACUGUGCACGGUCAAUGUGUUAUUGAACUUCGGAAUUGCAAAGAAAUCAGUACUCUGGAUCUACGUAUUUUGCUUCAUGUUUUUAAGAUCAUUGCGAAAAUCGAGUUAGCCCUCCGUCACGCGAUAGGAUCUUCAAAGUGUGGAAUAGUCUCACGUGGCGGGUCUACAAUCAGCCUACUACCCUUCGAGAUUCAAAAAGACGACUGCACACAUGGGCAAAAGCAACACGAUCGGGGACAUACCCGGCGCGCAAGUAUUGACGCCCGUUUGGGUCGAAUCCAUGCCAAAAUCACGAGUACCUCACUAUCACUUGCGAAUGGUCAUGUUCCCAAGAGCCCACAAAGUUCUGGGCUUCAUGAGGACUAUCAUUCAUGGUUGAUAUGGGAGAGUGACUCCUAUGCGGCCUUUCUCUCCCCUGAAGGCAGCGUUCGCGGUGAAUGCAACUUACGCCAAAAGGCACAUGCUGACAAGCCUGAAAGCUCAUUUGAUGCCAAGAACAUUUGGGGCUUUGUUCAAGCCAUCCAGGCGGUGAUUGAGCUUUUGCAGACAUCUCUUGGCGUCACUCAUUGUGGCAUCAACAUCGACCCACUCGCUGAUAGUAAUGGCAGUAUAAUCCUGAUACUUCAACCGAUAUCUAUGAUGAAGGCUGUCCCAAGCCCUGCGCCUUUCCACAAAAGCUAUCCAGGCUAUGUCACAAGUCAAUUGGGACCGCUUUCAAAGAACAAAAGGGAGAUGCUGGAGCUUGUGGACACAAUCAGAGCUUUUUUCAAGCCAACGACUGUGAAACCUCCAGGGUCAUGGAAGGACCCGUUGGCCCAUUCACUUCAAGCGCUCAAUCACCCUUGGUAUCAGGCCAUGUUUGAACUCCAAGACACAUUUUACCAUGCCUGUAUCACCUUCUUCAGGACAGAGAUGGGCUUUGACUACGUCCUGUCGCCCUUGACAUCGGAUUGCAUCAGCUCCCCUGUUGGCCUAGGCUCCGAUUCUUCCCCAGUUCGGAUUUCUCUGUUUGACCGUGACACGUACCUAGCUGACUCCAUGCAAUUCGCGCUGGAAUAUAUGCUUAGGUUGAAAGAGGGGACGAAAGGAACUUACUACGUCAGCUCCUCCUUUCGAGGUGAAGAUCCGGAUUCGUCUCACUUGAAUCAAUUCUUUCAUGUUGAGUGCGAGCUCGAAGGUGGCAUGGACAAAGGAAUGGAGGUCAUGGAAAAGUUCGUCGUCUCAGUCGCUGGUACGCUUCUCGAAAAACAUCGCAGCCUCAUCACAUCCAUUGCUGGCGACACAAGCCACAUCACUGAUCUCCUUGACUUUGCUGCAUCCCCGGGGGUGAGAUUCCCCAGGAUGACAUUUGCAGAAGCUAUGGAAAUCUGCGGGGCCGAUACCGAGGCUUGGGAAUACGUUGUCCCCGAGGCGCCAGCGUUAGGUAAAAAGCUGACAAGGAAGGGCGAGAGGGCUAUUAUGAAGCAGCAUGGCGGUGUCGUAUGGCUGACGAAUAUGUCACAUUUAAGUGUGCCGUUCUAUCAGGCAUACAGCGACAAGGAACACAAAAAUGCACUAUGUGGCGACCUUUUGAUGGGUAUUGGCGAAAUGGGUGGCCUAGGGGAGAGGCAUAAGACGGCAGACGACGUGAAAGCUGCUUUGACUCAGCAUGGAGUGCCAUUGGACACCUACAAGUGGUACAUAGACCUCAGAGAUUACAAGCCCAUCCAGAGUGUCGGAUGGGGGGUGGGAAUGGAGCGGUUCAUGCUGUGGUUGCUUAAACAUGAUGAUGUGAGAGAUAUUGCAGUGAUCCCACGCCUCAAGACGGGGGCAUAUCUACCAUAG